UCACUAUCGUGACGCAUCUCCAAUAUAGGAAAAAGCGGCCUUUUCUGAAGCCUUCUAUUUGCUAACCUUGAGGAGAGGUUAAUUCCUUCUUCUGGUCCAGCACCCAACAAAACUAAUACAAUAAUUACUUUGAAGCUGUUAGGGUUGCUUAGCACGAGUCAUAAGGGCUCUCAAUAUGCCUCUUUAAUUAGGCUGGGAGGAGAGCUUCAAUGGCUAGCAUCGCGCUAACACUAGCUCGCUAACUAAGGGGAACCGAAUCGAUACCAGUUUGGGAAACCUCAUCAUAGUAGACCUGUAUUCAUCCAGAAAGACAACUGUCCGCAAGGCAAAGACUGCCAGCGGACCUUAAAUUGGAAGGACACUGUCCCAAGAGUGCGCCAUAAAAGGCGACCGUUAAAGAUGAAGACCGCUGUGAGAAAGUAGGAAGAAGGAGUUAUCUACAAGAGUCAUGAAUCUUCAUCAGGUCCUCACAGGGGCAGUUAACCCCGGAGACAAUUGUUUCUCUGUAGGGAGCGUCAACAAUGUACCAUUCACGGCCUAUGCUUCUGGCUGUGACGUGGUCAUUUUGAGCAGCGAUUUUGAACGACUACAGAUCAUCCCAGGCGCCAAACAUGGCAACAUCCAGGUGGGAUGCAUCGACUGCUCGCUGCAAGGAGGACAGAUUGCAGCUUCCUAUGGAAGCAUGGUAUGCAUUUUUGAGCCUGUUCAGCAUCGGGAUCCAGAAGACAAAGCUUUGACAAAGUUGAACUGCCAGUGGGAGAAGACUGGGCAAUUUGUUUUGCAGUCGAUAGUGCGCAAUCUGGCAUGGCAUCCCAAAGGGAGCAUGCUAUUAACUGGCACCAAUUGCCUGCAGUUAUGGUCUCAUUGUGAUGGAGAAAAAGACACUGAAGCAGGAGAGCUGUCAGAAAGAAAAUCUCAUUGUAGUUGGAAUUGCAUCUGGCAAAGCAAGACCGCCUCUCCUGUGAGUUUAAUGAGGUUUUCUCCUGACGGAGAAUUCUUUGCUACUGCUGGUCAGGAUGACUGCUUGGUAAAGGUUUGGUACAGCACAAGUAAGUGGAAAUGUGGGAUAUUCAGGCUUUUCAGCCCUUCGGAAUCCAGUGUCGACUUCCAGGGAGAGAUUGCCUUUUCCUUUGUGUACCUGGCCCAUCCACGUUCAGUUACUGGCUUCUCUUGGAGGAAGACCAGCAAAUACAUGCCACGUGGUUCAGUGUGUAAUGUCCUGCUCACCAGCUGUAAGGACAGCGUGUGUCGGCUUUGGGCGGAGACGCUGUUGCCAGGUGACAGCCUCCUAUCUGGUCAGCAUAGCAACCAACCUGAUGAUACUACUAGCUCGUCUAGUAUCUGCAAUGGGAGGAUCCAAGCGCAGGAUCCUCCCUUUCAUCGGGAUGUUCCACAGCCCUCGCUCAGUGGCUGCUUCCCCCACAAUCAAAACCGACACUACAACCACAAAAAGAGCAGCAACCACCUUCCCCACGCCAACGCGCUCUGUCACUUUCAUAUCGCUGCCAGCAUCAACCCUGCCACAGACAUUCCACUGCUUCCCUCUAUAUCUUCCCUAAAUGCAGUGGAGGAUGAAGAACCUGGAGGUUUUUUCACUGUCCAUUGGCUUAACAACAAAGAGCUUCAUUUAACUUUAGCUAUGGAAGUCUUCCUGCAGCAGCUCCACGGCAGCUUGGAGCAACAAAACGAAUGCUCCCUGGAAGAUGCUGACAAUAAGGAUAAUUUUGAUGACGAAGAGUACAGGACAAGUGAAUCUCAAAAACCUGAUGCCCUGGACCUCCCGCUAACCGCAGUGGAGCACCAUGUGGAUGUGCUUCUGGGCGAGUGGAACAAAGGAGCGGACAUGCUUUUCAGCAUCCAUCCAAUGGAUGGCUCCUUGUUGGUCUGGAAUGUGGACUGGUUGGAUGAAUAUCAUCCCGGAAUGUUUAGACAAGCACAGGUGUCAUUUGUGUCUCGUAUCCCUGUGGCGUUUCCUGCAGGGGAUGCAAUCUCCCUCAGUCACAGCGUGGUCAUGUAUGCUUGCAACAAGAACGUGGACCUGGCCCUCCAGCACGGCAGGCAAAGACCACCUGGAAACACGUUACCCAAAUCUGCGCUUAUUAGUUAUGGCCGUCAAAUAAAAGCCGCCUCCAGCAGCAGUCUUCGCCUGAGCAUUUUCACCCCUAACGUGCUCAUGAUCUCCAAGCACGAUGAUGGCUCCCUUAAUCAGUGGGCAGUAAGUUUUGUGGAGGACUCCGCUUUCUCCACUGUGCUCAGUGUGUCUCACAAGUCAAGAUACUGUGGUCACCGCUUCCACCUUAAUGACCUGGCCUGCCACUCACUUCUGCCUCUGCUCCUUACCACCUCACACCACAAUGCGCUGAGGUCCCCCGAGGUGGACAGCAUCCUUGCGGCCCCAAAGGUCUUCUCUGGGCUCCCUACUUCCCGCGGCUCUCGACCCAGUCGAUUGUCUCUGGCUGGGGUUUCACAAGACCCCAAUGCUAUCUACAGCGAGCUGAUAUUGUGGAGGGUCGACCCUGUGGGGCCCCUGUCUCUCUCAGGCGGGGUGUCCGAGUUGGCUCGGAUCAAUUCUCUUCAUGCCUCAGCUUUCGACAAUGUAGCCUGGUUACCCACUCUCAUCCCCAGCAGCUGUUUAGGUGCAUAUUGUAACUCUCCCAGCGCCUGCUUUGUUGCCAGUGAUGGCCACUCACUCAGGCUUUAUCAGGCUGUGAUUGAAGCCAAGAAACUACUCAGCGAGCUCUCUAAUCCUGAGAUAUCAAAAUAUGUUGGCGAGGUGUUCAACAUUGUCAGUCAGCAGUCCACAGCGAAGCCAGGAUGUGUCAUCGAGCUGGAUGCCGUUACCGACUUUCAGGGAAAGGAGACGCAGCUCCUCCAUGUGUUUGAGGAGGAUCUAAUCCUUGGCAAUAAAAGACCCAACACAGCGCAUGAAUUGUUGGAUGCAUCUCAAUGUGCACUUAGCAAGCCCACCUUCGCUGCAAGCUUCUUCCUUGUGGUUGUUGAAUUAACCCCAAGUGGUCGCUCGCUGCUACAAAUGUGGCAUCUUCAUCUUGCUGCUAAACCCGUCACCAUGGAAGAUAAAUUCUCGCCCAAAGAUGCCCUCACAGAUACUUCCACUGCCUACUCUCAGUUUAACUUUGAUACCUCCGGUUCACCAGUAUCUCAAAAGACUAAACCCUGUACAUCCAAUCUGCAGAGCGCCUGUCGCCUCAGCCUCACCACACAGCGGCUCUAUAGCCAGGAGUUACCCCUGCCAGCAGGAGUGGAGGCCGUCAGCAUUACGCCCUCUGCAGGUCACCUCAGUGCAUCAUGUUCCUUGCCAGCUGGCCGUGUACCAUACCUCCUUGCUACUUUCUGUUCAGACGGGAAGGUGCGAUUCUGGAUGUGUAACGUCGCGCCGUCGGAGACCCCCAGUGGUGACAAGUUGGUGUAUCAGUGGGAGGAGUGGCCUCUCCUCGUAGAGGAAAAGGUUCCCAAUUGUAGUGCCGUUAGUGUACCGGGUCGUCCCAUCCAAGUCAGCUGCUGUCACACAGGGAGGAUUGCAGUUGCCUACAGGCAGACAAUGACAGACAUUCCUCUGAACGCAACAUCUCAGCUAAGCUCUCACAUGCGGCUGACUUCUCCGCCCACACUAGUUUCCUCACCUUACUUGCACCCCCACUACAGCAACACCAGCCAGCACGUCCCUCCAACCCUGACAGUGCAGCACAGCCCUAGUCUGCCAUCAGACCCUUCUCUAGCAAACAAGAGGGAACAGCUGGUCUACAUCAGCAUCUUUCAAUGCGAGUCCACGGGUGGUUCACAGUGGAUCCUAGAGCAAACUAUAGUUCUGGACGAAGCAAAUCCUGCAGCUAGCUGUGGUGUUAGCAACAGCACAACUCCAUAUAGCACCAUUAACUUUUCUUUGCCAAAUGAGCACUGCUUUGGUUCUUCUCACAAGAGUCUGGUUCAUUUAGACUGGGUUUCCCAGGAGGAUGGGUCACAUAUUCUGACAGUUGGCAUUGGGACAAAGAUUUAUAUGUACGGCCGUCUCUCUGGCAAGCCUCCCGAACUGAGCCUUUCAUCUGAUGCCAGUAGAGACCAAAGCUUGUCCAGCCUGGUUCUACUUAGAUCUGUCGACCUGGUCUCCUCUGUUGAAGGCUCACUGCCCACCCCCGUCUCCCUCUCCUGGGUACGUGAUGGCAUCUUGGUGGUGGGCAUGGAUUGUGAGAUGCAUGUCUACUCCCAGUGGCAGCCCCCAGCACCUGCCAAACCCAAUGCAGCCGUUGAUGCAGACAUUUGCAGCAGUGUGUCCUCCAUAGUCUCUGCGGUCAGACAAAGCCAGGAGGAGUGUUUCACUCUUGGGCCUCCAAGUUCCUUACUGGCUCCUCCUAAAAAGGCGCUUACGAGGUCAAUGAUGAGCCUGGCUCAGAAACUUAGUGGAAAAAGAACAGCCUAUGAUCUGCCCUUGGAGAUGGAAGAUUCUGGACUGUUUGAAGCAGCUCAUCAACUCUUUCCCACACUGCCCCAGUACCACCCAGUACAAUUACUAGAGCUUAUGGAUUUGGGGAAGGUUCGCCGUGCCAAAGCUAUUCUUUCCCACCUAGUGAAAUGCAUUGCUGGAGAAAUCGUGGCUCUGAAAGACAAUGCCACCAAUCCAGAGAAACGUGUCCGCUCUCGGACCAUCAGUGCAGGAGGCAGCCUGGCCAGGGAGCGGAAAAUGUUUGGCAAAGAAGAGAACUCCACCCCAGAUUAUACGGAGAUCAGCUCCAUUCCUCCUCUACCUCUUUAUGCCCUUAUCGCAGCCGAUGAAGAUCUGCCCCCAAAGCCUGCAAAGGUCGGCAGUGUGAGUGGUGACAGUGGGCAUGGAUCCAGUCAUACAGAUGCUUAUGAUGAGUUAUUUCACACACCCAGCAUGGUAGACUUGGACACUCUGGAACAAGAUGAGCAAGAAGAAACAGGGAACAAGGUGAUCGACUUGUCCCAGUACAGCCCCACAUACUUUGGCCCAGAGCACGCCCAGGUUUUGUCCAGUCAUCUCCUCCAUUCCAGUUUACCAGGCUUAACUCGUAUAGAGCAGAUGUCUCUCAUGGCACUAGCUGACACCAUUGCUACCACCAGCACAGACCUGAAAUACAACCAGGGCAAGAGCAAAGGUGGAGAGACACUGGACGAGUGUGGCCUGAAGUUUUUGCUUGCUGUUAGACUACACACCUUCCUCUCGACCUCUCUCCCGCCGGCACACCGAGCACAGUUGCUACGGCAAGGCCUCUCAACGUGUCACUUUGCCUGGGCUUUCCACUCUGAAGCUGAAGAGGAGCUGCUUCACGUGCUACCCCCCCUCCAGAAAGGGGAGCCCACUUGGCCUGAGCUACGCUCUAUGGGUGUUGGAUGGUGGCUGAGGAGCACCAACAAACUUCGCAAAUGCAUUGAAAGGGUUGCUAAGGCCUCCUUUCAGAGAAGUAAUGAUCCUCUGGAUGCUGCCAUAUUUUACCUCGCAAUGAAAAAGAAGGCGGUGGUUUGGGGACUGUACAGAGCUCAGAAGAAUUCCAAAAUGACAGAAUUUUUCCACAACAAUUUCAGUGAAGACCGAUGGCGAAAAGCAGCACUGAAAAAUGCAUUCUCUCUGCUGGGGAAGCAGCGAUUUCAUCAUUCGGCAGCAUUUUUCCUAUUAGCUGGCUCCCUGAAGGAUGCAGUGGAGGUGUGUGUAGAGAAACUGCAGGACCUUCAACUAGCUCUUGUGAUAUCCAGACUUUACGAGUCAGAGUUUGAGACGGCAUCCACUUACAAAAAGAUCCUCCAGAGACAUGUGCUGGGACACGAUAAACAGAUACAGAUGCAUCAAGAUCCAUUCUUGCGGAGCAUGGCCCACUGGGUCAUGGAGGACUACAGCAAAGCCCUGGACACUCUGCUGGAGCAGACUGCCAAUAAAACCAAGUCUGGGGCCACUGAUGCUAGUUUCUUGGCCGUGUCCUCAAAUAAUGCUGAGGUUUUUAACUUCUACACCUACCUCUGUACCCACCCUCUCCUCCUCCGUCGACAUUUUGGCUCCUCUGAUAAGGCCAAAGUCGCUCUGACCGCUGAGGGUCGCAGGGCUGAUUCCAUUAGCCUUGAAGAGAGAAGACUGUUUUUCACUGCUGCAUACGCGCACUUGCAAGCUGGCUGCCCAAUGCUGGCACUCGAAGUCCUUUCCAAGAUGCCCAAAGUCCGCAAAAGCACCAACCAGGAGGCGGACGACCUCAGCACUAGUAGUAAAAACAGGCUAACAUCAGAGCCGGACUGGUCUGAGUGUGCACUGAAUGGCUAUGAGUCGGGUGGGGACAGCAUAUCUAACAGCCAGUCGGAUUCACUUUUGAGUUUUGACUGGAGCCAGCCAUCAAUGACGCUUCCAGAUGAGACUCUGGAACUGAAGUGGGACAGCGACAAAGAUGACGAAGACAAUGAAAAUGAUGAAGGAGAAACUAAAAAUAAUCAAAAUGUCAGAUCUGCAGACAACGUGUUUCAUGAUACGCAGGACACCUUGCUGCCUCUAAUAGAGGCCAUAACAGAGGAGGAUAAUGUGGACAGCAGCAAUUUCAUUGACCCUUCUGAUGACAUCUUGGUAGCCCAGCUGAAGUUUACUACAUGCUUGAAGAUUUUGACCAAUGAGCUCAGGACACUAUCAACAGGGUAUGAACUGGAUGGAGGAAAGCUACGUUACCAGCUUUACCAAUGGCUUGAAAGAGAGGUGGUGACCCUUCAGCACUGUUGCAAUUACAAGCCUUGUCUUCCAGAAGUGCCUGUCCAAGACGAUGCACUUGUGUCUGGAUUGGUGGAGAAUGAACUGGUGGAUGUGGCAACGAGUUCCUCUAGUGACAGUCAAAGGAGCAGGAGACAUUGGCUGAAAAGUAACCAGUCCUUACUGAGAAUGUUCCUAAGCUACUGCAGCUUGCACGGCUCCCAUGGUGGGGGACUGGCCUCUGUUCGCAUGGAGCUAAUUUUAUUACUUCAAGAAUCUCACCAGGACAACUGCACUUCGUCAGCUGUGACAACAUGCUCACAGCACACGUCCAUCCCUCUCCUGAUGGCGUGCACUGCCAACGUGAAGACAGUGGUGGCCAAUCCUAUCGUCCACCUGACCAACCUGACUCAGGACAUCCUGCAGACUAUCAACUCGCUCAACUCUCCUCCACAUCCUGAUGUUGUUAACAAUGAGAUAUAUGUGAUGCACACACUGGCUGCCUCUUUGUCCGCCUGCAUAUACCAGUGUCUCUGUGAUGGACACUCGCAAAGUCACAUGAACAACUUUACGGGGAUGGUGUAUCAGAGCGUUUUGCUCUCUCAGAAGCAGCCAGCAAAAAACACUAGCGUGGAUGAGUCUGUUCAGCCAAACACUUCUCCUGCACAGUGGCCAGGUAUAGCCUCCAUGAUCCGUCUGUUGGGCUCAGCAGGUGAGGAGAGUCAGCCGAGCCUCGCCGUGCUGCUCUGUGAGAUCCUGACGGCUGUUUACCUCAGUCUGUUUGUUCACGGCAUGGCCACUCACUCCAGCAAUGAGCUCUUUCGCAUUGUGGCCCACCCUCUGAGCAGCAAGCUAUGGUUGACUGUUUUUGGAGGAGGCGCAAGAACUCCCGUCACCGAGAAAGCUAACAGUCCAACAAACACACCCCCACCAGUUUCACCAGGUGUAGACACCACCGAAAGAAAAGCCAGACGAUUCCGGCUGCUGUCAUCACGCAGCGCAUCGAGGGAAGAGUCCAGUACAGAGAGGGACCCCCCUUCCAGUCCCAAGGCAGAGCAUGUUGUAGACCAGGAAGCCACUUCCAUUUUCAAAGAAUGUUUUGUUCCCCCGAAGCUCAGCAUUUGGGAUUACUUCAUCGCUAAGCCAUUCCUGCCACCAUUAGAAAACAGAGUUGAAUACGAUUCAGAAGAGAGUCAUGACAGCAAAGAUGAAGAGGAGGAUGAAUAUGAUGAUAUAUUUGAUCCGAAUUCCCCUCAAAAAGAGCAUACUAACUACAAUUCAUACAGUUGGUGUUUAAUGCGCUUGGCAAUGGUUCAGCUGGUAUUAUUCAACCUCAAGUCAUUCUACCCGAUGGCAGGAUAUGAUCUAUUGGACCUCCCUGUGGGCUCCCCGUUGUGUCACAGUGUGCUGAAGACGUUACAACGUUGGGAGCAGGUGCUGCAGAAAAGACUGGAGAUAUUUGGUGGGCCCCCAUCGAAAUACAUCUCCACACACAUUCAGGAAGAAGCGGUCACGCCCGGCCCUGCCAUUCUAAGGCACAAGGCCCUGUUUGAAGCAUCUAAUACACCAUUCAGGACAAGCCACCAUUCAGCGCUGCCUGUCAAGCGUCUUUGGCAGUUCCUGGUAAAGCAGGAUGAAGUGCAGGAAACGUUUAUCAAAAACAUUUUCACCAGGAAACAAGAGGCAAGCGAGUCUGUUGAGGACCAGACUGGUAUGAAAUGUUCAGGGAUGGACGAGACAGGAAAUCAUCAGACUGAGUCAGAUCUGGGCUGCUCAGCAAGCAAGGCGCGCAUCAUUCACAAGGAGUCAGACAUCAUCACAGCCUUUGCCAUCAACAAGGCAAAUCGUAAUUGCUUAGUCAUGGCCUCUACACAUGACAUUCAGGAGUUAGAUGUGUCAUCCAUCUUGGCCACACAGAUCUUGACAUGGAUCGAUGAUGAGGAGGUUGAAACUAAAGGAGUGGGAACUGAUGACUUCCUGGUGGUUCAUGCCCGUGAUGACUUUGCCUCACUCCACGGCACCACGCCAUACACUCACAGCAUCCCUGGCACGCCUAUCAACAUGCCGUGGCUGGGAGGCCAUCAGACAGGCCGAGGAGCUUCUGUUAUGAUCAAAAGAAAUAUCAACAAUGUGAGAAGAAUGACCUCCCAUCCCACGCUGCCGUACUACUUGACUGGGGCUCAAGAUGGAAGCGUGAGGAUGUUUGAGUGGGGUCACUCUCAACAGAUCAUCUGCUUCAGAAGUCCAGGCAACUCUAGAGUGACCAGGAUACGCUUCAACCACCAAGGAAAUAAGUUUGGAAUUGUGGAUGCUGAUGGCGGUUUGAGUCUCUGGCAGACCCACACAAAUGGAGCCGCUCCCAAGCCCUAUCUGACGCUGCAGUGCCACAACAAGACUGCUCAUGAUUUUGUCUUUGUGGGCUCCUCUUCCCUCAUCGCCACUGCGGGUCUGUCCACAGACAACCGGAAUGUGUGUUUGUGGGACACUCUGGUCACUCCCGCUAACAGCCUCGCCUACGCCUUUUGCUGUCACGAGUCCGGUGCCACCGUGCUUUUAAUGGCGCCAAGGCACCAGCUGCUCAUCACGGGCGGGAGAAAGGGCUGGAUCAGCGUCCUGGAGCUCCCUCACCGACACCAACGCCAGAGCUUCCAGGCCCACGACUCGCCUGUCAAAGCACUGGCCGUCGACCCGACUGAAGACUGCUUUAUCAGCGGUUCCGCUGAAGGCAGCAUUAAGGUGUGGAACGUGGCCACGCAGUGUGCGCUCUACUGCUUCCCCAGCGAGCACGCCCGCCAGUCGCUCUUCAGAAACCUGGGCACAGGCGUCAUGCAGAUCGAGGCGGGUCCGGCCAAUCACAUCUUCUCCUGUGGCGCCGACGGCACCAUGAAGAUGAGGAUCCUUCCCAACCGCUUCAGUGCCAACAACAACAACAACCACCGCCGCCAUCACCAAGGCGACGACAAGUGCACCUUGUAGAACUUCCGGUCCUGGUCCAGUUUUUUGGUUCACCAGCUCGAGUGUACUCGGAAAGCCCAAAUGGACACAGUGUUUUUUUCGAAAGGAAUUAAAACCGCCAUGUUGGCGAGCGGCGGGAGGUAAGAGCAUCUUCUUCCUCGCUCACAUUGAUGGCUCCUAACAAUCACCACAGGUGCUCCCUGAGGUGAUUUAAAAGAAGCCUGCCGUACAUUCCCGACGCGUUUGGCGUCUAAAGCACAUUGGGACUGUGGGGAGAAGUUGAGACCACUUUCCUGCGCUGUUUAUCAGGAACAGGUAGUACUUGCACCACUGGAGUCACCUGACUACACUUCUAUUGUCUCAUGUUGUACAUGACAACACAUGAGCGAGACAUUUUAUUUCAUCAAUAAAAUUGAAUUAAUCGACUCCGUUUGGGAAAGUAUGCACUAAGUCCGUACUAAGUGUGCACUAAGUCAGUAGUCCCGGCUGCACAAAUAACCUUUAUAUUAUUAUCGCCCUCAUUAUUAGGAGCGGGGGCUAAGUGUAGCGAGUCGUGUCGUUUGCACAUGAAGGUGAAGCUAAGUCAACAAUAAUGUAAAUAGACUGUACAGUACAUUGGUAUCAUAUUCCACCUCAAUUGUAUGAAGUGUCCUUAAUCUUUUGACUCCUGCUGGCACAGUCCUGACCGACGUCGUCAUCCUGAAAAGGAGUCAAGUUGCACAAAGUAGCUUUCAUUUCAUUUCAAAGCCUUUUCACUUUUUCCUUAAUCAGAUGAAGAACUUAGAAGGGGAUUAUUGCAAUUGUAUUCUCUCUGCAGACAUAAAAGAACAGUUACUCUUUCUCUUGGUUUGCUUGCAUUUAAAUCCGCUUUACCUCUCACACUAUUGUCGCCAUUGUGUGUCCGUCUUCCGGUUGAAAGAUGCUACAUGCGAGAUCUUGUAGUGUGAAGAAUCGCUGCUAUUGAAACUUAACCUGCGCUAGUUUGGAUGUCCCCAAAGCCUCAAGUAUUGUAAAUGCUCAUGGAAGGAGAGCUACAAUAGUGCUGCUCAUUUUAGCCAAAUACUCGUGUCUCGUCACAUGGAAAAGGUCGUAGUUUUGUGAGCAAGUUAUUUAUAAUAACAAAUAAGUUGCAUUUUUUGUGAGACUAUAGUUGUAAUCUCACAAACUAAAAGAUUCUUUUUUUCAGAAAUUGUCAUUUUGAGAGAAUUAAAGUCAAAUUACCAGAUGUUUUAAAGUUGUAAAUUUGCAAAAGCACAUUUGCAAAAUUACUGGUAUUUUUACAAAACUAAACUGGUAAUAUUACAAGGACCCAUUUAUCCAUUUCCUACCGCUUGUCCCUUUCGGAGUCGCAAGGGGUGCUGGAGCCUAUCUUAGCUGCAUUCGGACGGAAGGCACGGUACACACUUGACAAGUCACUAUCACAUCAUAAUUAGGAUUAAUUUAUUAAAAUAUAAAGCCAUUGUAUUACAAGACAAAAAGUCUUAAUUUGACUAAAAUACGAUCAUAGGAGUUCUGGGAAAAAAGUUGGGCAAAAACUAACUGGAAAUAUUAGGUGAACAAAGUAAUAAUUGGAAUUUUACAAAAAUAAGGUUUCAGUAAUACUAGGGAAAAGUUGCAAAUUGGCAGUACAAAACUUGCAUAAUAUUACCGGGGAAAAGUUUAGGAACAAUUUUAGGGAAAUAAGCCUAGUUGCGAUCUUGCCAGAUGACACCUGUCAUACAUGUGAUUUAGGAUUUUUGGGAGAAUAAGAAAAGUGUAAGAGAAAAUGGUAAUAUAGAAACAUAUUUUGACCUAUCCCUCAUUACCGCCUAAACUUGUUUAUAUAGGAAACAAACACUUUUUCCUUAAACUAUUUUCAUAAAAUAAAUUUCUCCCAAACAAUACAACCUUAUUAUGUCAACAUUCAUGAUUCCUUUUCCUUAAUGACGUUACAAACCAACUCUCCUAAGGUUACUUUUCUCUUGAAAUUACAGCCUUUAAAAAAAAUAAUUAAAAAAAACAGUAUCUUGUCAUGAAGGUGUACAACUUUAAUUUCAUUAGCUCAUCACUUGUAUUUGUUUCCCGAGUGUCCCAAUACAAGUGUACUUUUUGUAGAAAGCAGAGAUGUAUUCCUUUCUAGUACGAGCUGAGUGGGUCGUCCACUUGUUGAAUGAAGAAUUGUUUACGUUUCUAUUCAUGAAGGUUGUCUUGAGUGUCAGACAAGAAAAGGCACAAGCUUUUUCCCCGCUCCUUUCUUCAGUGAACAAUUAUGGUGGUGCAAUUGUAUGUCCGUUUCUCUCCUGCCUCUGGACAUUGCUUGUGAAAAAGCCUUUGUUUGUGUUCUCAACAAAAAAUAAAUAAAUAAAAAAAAAAGGUAUUUUAUGAAAGGCAAAACCUGUGCACUGCUUCUCCUACACGAGGAUGCAGUAAAAUAGUCCAUUUAAUGAAAGAAAAAAGCUUUACUUUACAAAAAGAAGCCUCUAUUCUCCGUGCAAAGCCAAUCGGUACUUUGUGUUUUCUUUAUGACUGUGAAUUUUGAUUCCAUUUUACAAUGCAGUACAAAUUGUAUCAUUUAAAUUAAACAUAUAAUAAAAAUAUGCAGAAACAAA